AUGGACGUCAAGUGCCCCGGCUGCUUCACCAUCACCACCGUCUUCUCGCACGCAAACACAGUCGUUGUCUGCCAGGGCUGCUCGCAGGUCCUGUGCCAACCGACCGGUGGCAAGGCGCGGUUGACUGAGGGCUGCUCUUUCCGAAGGAAGUAA